AUGCACGGUGCUGGCGAAGUCUCGGAGGUCUGGGGCACCUUCACAAAUAUACGGCAUGAAGACGUCGAGAGCAACCACGGCUGGAUUUCCAUGGCUCAGACCCAGUACAAUGCCAUAGUAAUACGUAGUCCAACCCCAAGACCCAACGGCUGCAGAGCGCGCAUUUCGUUGCAUGGUUGCAGGGCUGGCCCCUGCAUGGCGGGCGGCAGGGACCUGGUCGGCGUCUGCGACGCGAUCGACGGCAGCCAACACACUGCGAGUUCCAUUGGCCCUGAGAAGGCGAGGUUGUCGACGCCGAGCAGACCUGAAACCACAGAAGCAGAGAUCAGGCCAAACCGACCUCGAGCUGGAUGGAACCGCGGCGCUGGUUUGGCGACAGGCAUCGAGUCGUACGGUCUGCGUUGCACGAGCUCGACAUUCGACAGACAGAGCCCGACCCCCAGACUGAGAAAAGCCAAAAUGCUAAGUUUGGAUGCACUGCCUCUGGUAGCUGACGACCGAGGCCGACGAUUGGCCCGCGAGGCUCCCCCAGGGUUUUGCCAGACGGGCCAGGCAGGCCAGGGUCCUCGCCGUCUGCUGGAGGAAACUGGCCGCCAAGACGCUAAACAAGGGGGCAAGGCUCGCUGA